CAUGACAGAUUGCCACGAAUAUUGAAAAAAGUACCUCUACUUGGAUUUCCCGAUAUAUAAACUAUACAGUCCCUUUGUUGAAGAAACUAGAAAGAUACAAAGUUAGUUAGUUGGAAAACCCCAUCAUGAUAUGAUACUCGAGAGAUUUAGAAUAAGUUGAAAAAAGGUUUUAUAUUCCUGCACUCUUAAUAGUUCGACUAUUCGGUCUUGUCCGAAUUUAAUCAGCCCUUAUUUACUUUUUUAUUUUUGUAUUCUGAUGUUUAAUUUCAGCACAUUCAUCUGCAGUUCCUUCUUCGUUUAUGCCUUGUUCUUUGUUAUGCGCAGUUAUCACUCAAUUAUCAACAACUCUGAAUCCAACAAUGAUGCGUUUGGAAAUAAUUUCGGAUUCGUAGUUGAUUACAAAAACUCUCUUUUAAGAAAUAUGAAACGCUUUGCGCGAAAAACUACCACGAACACUGGAACUGUGGACAUUAAAUUCGGAGUGGACAUGCCGAAAAUUUCGAUCAAGCCACGCUCGUAUAAAGUAGACGAAAUUCUAAACGCCAUUUCGCCGCAUAAUGUUCUUUAUAACGCUUUCGUUGGUGAGAUAACACCACUGACACUUAUCUAUAUAGUCUUCAACUUACUUAUAAUUUAUGAAUAUUUGGACACACAAAUAAAAGCUGUUUCCAGCAAUAUUGAGCCCAAGAAUGGAAAGGAAUUGCUAACAGUGCCCGCUCUGCAGUACUCCAGCUUUUUGAUUGACAUCUAUUUCUUUGUAAAGUUGAGUCAGCUUAUAAGUGGUUCAAAAUUGGCUGCCGAAUUUCUACAAAAAUUUCCCAGCGAGAAAUAUCAAGUCUCGCAGCAAAUGUUUUUUGUUCUGAAGCAAACUCUACAGAAGGCUCUGUCGUAA